AUGAGGCAAUUCAACCUAACACUCGCUGCAUUAGCUACGACGACCGGCCUCGUCGCUGCGCAAUCCAAGGCGGCCAUUGAAAAGCAAUUGCAGGCCAACGGUCUCAACAUCGCGCUUCUGAAUAGCACUAUCAACGGCCCUCUCGCAACUACUGAUUGCUCGCUAUUGUGUUCCACCAUCAACCUGUUCUACCCUAACAGAAUCCUAACACAAAAUGAGGCUGCCUUCACUAAUUGGACAGAGUCCUUCUGGUCCCAACAGCAAGAAGUCGUCACGCCACGAUGUGUUUUUGAGCCCACGUCAGCCGUGGAAGUUUCGUCGGCUCUGCUCCUGGCCGAGCUAUUCUCCUGCCCUUUUGCCGUGAAAAGCGGCGGCCAUGCUGCCUUUGGUGGCUCGUCCAACAUCGAGAACGGGCUGAGUAUUUCCUUGGGCGGGCUGGAUGAGAUUGUUUUAAGUGACGACCAGUCUGUCGUCUCCAUUGGUUCCGGCAAUAUCUGGGUCGAUAUCUAUGAUUACCUGGAGGAAUAUAGCCUGGCCGUCAUUGGAGGGCGAGUCUCGACGAUUGGCGUUGGGGGGUUGACUACCGGAGGUAUCUUCAUUGCUAACGUUGAAACCUCCGCCCCAGGCGGCAUCUCCUUUUUCUCCCAAGAAUAUGGAUGGGCCUGCGACAACGUUGUCAACUACGAAGUCGUCCUCGCGUCUGGCAUAGUCGUUGAUGUCAACAUUGACUCAUACCCAGACCUAUAUUGGGCCCUGCGUGGAGGAGGCAACAACUUUGGCAUCGUCACCCGCUUCGAGCUCAGCACGAUCCAGCAGGGAUUUCUCUGGAGCGGAUCGUUGAUCUACCUGUCCGAAUACACCACUGACGCCAUUGACGCCUUCUACAACUACGGUCUCAAUGCUGCUUCCGACCCCAAGUCGGCCGUUAUCAUGAACUGGGCGUACGACGAGGGCAUGUUCCUUGCUGUCGCCGACCUUGAAUAUGCAAACACCACCGUCAACCCGCCCAUUUUCCAGAACUUCACUGUCAUUCCGACUGUCGAAAACACCAUGGCCAACCGGACUCUAUCCGAGGUCACCGACAUGUUCCAAGAGAGUAACCCGGAUGGACUGCGUGAAAGCUAUUGGACUGCUACAUUCAGGCUAUCCAAGGACAUGAUUGCGUUCCUCGUCGACACAUUCGAGGAAGAAGCCAUCCGCGCCGCCAAUGCAACGGGAUACAUCCCUGCGCUGGUCCUGCAAAUCAUCUCUACCGACAUGACGACGCAGAUGCAGAAGAACGGCGGCAAUGCGCUCGGUCUGUCGCCCGUAGACGGCAAUCUGAUUCUUCUCAAUCUUUCAUUCAUGUGGGACGAUAUUGCUGACGAUAAUCUCAUCCUCGACAUCCUCGGCACCAUCACGAACAAGUCGAUUGCAUACGCCAAGGAAAAUUGUCUGUACAAGGAGUACCUGUACAUGAACUACGCCAGCCAGUAUCAGGCUGUGCUUCCGUCGUACGGCACCGAGAACUUUAACAAGUUGAAAGAUGUUUCAGCCAAGUACGAUCCGUUCCAGGUCUUCCAGAAGCUGCAGCCAGGAUAUUUCAAACUGAGCAGCCAGCCACCGAAUACGACAUAUCCAACUUAUGAUUAA